GAAGGAGAAAUGGCUGCAAGGUUACUGCUCCGCUCCGGGUUCAGAGCCGCGGCGGCCUGCCGGGCUGUCCGGGUCCCCGCUGCGAGUCGCUGCAUGUCGACCGGAGGGAUUCCCACCGACGAGGAGCAGGCCACCGGGCUGGAGAAGGUCAUCAUGAAGGCCAUGAAGGAGGGAUCGGAUCCCUACAACAUGAUGAAGCCCAAGUCCUACGCCGGCUCCAAGGCCGACCCCCACCUGGUUCCCUCCAUCACCAACAAGAGGAUCGUGGGAUGCGUCUGUGAAGAAGACAACACCGCCGUGGUUUGGUUCUGGCUCCAUGAGGGUGAGGCCCAGCGCUGCCCGUCCUGCGGCUCCCACUACAAACUGGUUGCCCACGAGCUGCCCCACUAGCGCCCACCUCCCUCCUGAUGCCUCCCAGAUGUUACUCCAGCUUCAGAACAGGACCGAGAACAACCAGACCCAUGUUCUCGGGCUCGGUGUAUCUCCUGGUCUGCUCGGUCUCGGUCCUGUUCGGUCUCAGUACUUGAUCUACCUGCUAGAACCUCGUCAGUCUUCACACGUUACAUUCAGACGGAUCAGAUGUGGUUUCGGGACACAACUGUUUCUCUCUAAACAUUUCCACUCAGUCAGUUUACAUUGACAAGCGUACUGUACAGCGUUACACCUGGUCCACUUACCUCCUUUUUCUGACCCAAUAAACUUUCUGAACUCCU